GAUUGUUCCAGGAUUUGAUGUACGCGUGCAUUUAAACGACCAUUAGUCUGUCUGGCAAUCGUCACCUCACACAGUUACGCGGUUUUUCUCUCGUAAUAGGACGUCUGAGAUUUCCUUUCCUAGCACCUUCCAAGCACGCGUGCCGGCGUUGUGGGCCGGAGGCUCGGGGGACCUUGCGUCUGGAGCACAGGUAAGUUUCCCGCGUCGCUGUCCUGGUUGGGACAAGCCGGUAGAACCUGCAUCCGAGAACAGCCGGGGAGGCCUCGUGUGUUCGCGCCCGGCGUGGAGCUCGCCGCACGUUCCUGCGAGCAGUCUGGUCCGCGCAGGAGAGCCGGUGGCCGGGGUCGGGCGCGGGUUGGAGCCCCCAGCAGCGCGGUGAGCCCGCACCUGCUCCGCGUGUCGUCUGAAAGCUUCCUGCUUCCCUUCUUGGUUUCCCUUUGCUGCGUGGCAGGUGAGGAUUCAAGCAGAGCCGUCCCUGCGGUCGGCUGCCUUCAUCUCCGCAGAGCAGCAGCGGGGCUUCGGCCUUGAUCUGCCGCACUCCGGGUCCGCCUCUUAGAGGCCCUGGGUCACCCCCAGGCUUUUAAGGGUUUUUGGGGUUAAAUUGAUGAGCAUGUAUAUAUAAUAAAUUGAAGCUUUGUUGUUUGGCAGAUUUUCCCCUUGUAUUUGCUCUUCUUUCCUCAGUGGAGAGCCUGGGAGGCCCCAUCCAGCUCCGUCCCGCGUCUCAGAUCUGCCGUGACAUCCCGUCGCCGGCUGGGACGGGCUUGGAGUCAGCGCUUUUGUGUGUUUCUCCUUCUCAGAUAAUGACCCUGAGUGCCAGCGUCUGCGUGUGGAGAAGACCAGUGUGUAAAGUCUCGGGCACGUCCGUGCGGGGCUGGGCCUCCUCUGUGUCCCUCUGUGGGGACACCGGCCUGGCCCGUCUGCUCGGCUCCCGCCUGGUGUGGACACACCCAGGAGGCUGUUGUUUUCUUCCGUGUGUUUGUGUCCCUGGAAUUUCACUGUGUUCAAGGCAGAGCCGAGUGAAUUCAAGGAGUGUCUGAGCGGUGGAGGCUGCCCAGUUCGGGAAGCACCGGCUCGGAGGGCCGAGCGGGCCGAUCGCAAAACCACUCAACCUGCGGACGGUCGGAUCCAGACACGCACGUCUGGGCUGCAGGCGUACAAGGUCGGGUUUUGAGCUGCCUGUGGGAAGGGGCGGUUUACAGCCGCGGCGAUAGAGCUCCCACACCGAGGACGAAAUGACGUGGUGGGGACGGGCUGGCGGGGGCGGAGCCUCACCGGGCAGAGCCUCUCUUCUUCCUUUGAUUCCAGUCGGGCGCCGUGCUCGGGCGUGUGGAAAAGCCACGGAGGACGCGGGAAGGUUGUGUUGACUUUGUGCUCAGCCUUCACUCUGUUCCUUGGGCCAAGGUGACUGAGCUCUGCCUGUACGUGCCGAGACACCCCGCUCCCUCCGCUGGAUUCUUUGUAAAUAAGCCGCAGCUCCCCGUUCCCUGCCCUGCUGCCUUGCCCUGGUUUCCUCCAGCACCGCAGUUCAGCCUGGUCGCAGCUCCUGGAAAUAAUAUGAGAAAGUUAUGCCGUUUCACUCCAUCAGAUUUAAUAAGUUUGGAUGCUUUCCAAAUAUGAGGCAUUAAUCACACUUAAGCCCAGGGCUUGAGAGUUCACCCACCCGGAGCACUCAUGUCAGAGACAUAAAACCAUCUGCUUUAAUGCCCGCAGAUCUCUUUAAAUUGAGCACUUGCCUUGUGUUAAUAAAACUUGCUUUGCAUUGAAGGGCUGGGGUGGCGACUGGGGGGGCGGAUUUUUAUAUCAUGUAAAGCAUUUCGUGGCCAAAUGUUCCCUUCCUGUUUUAAAGCCUUGCAGAAUUACAUGGGAAAAGAAAAGGAAUUAGGUAAGCUCAGAAUAAGGAAGCAUUAGUCACACCUUGGCAGUGUGCAGAGCUUGGUUCCUGUCAGAGAGAUGAAGAGGACCGUGGCCCUUCCAAUUGGACGGCUCUCCCGUUGUCAUUCUUGUGUUCUGUUCCGGGCAGCGGUGCCGUCGGACGGUGGGGUUCGCCCGCGUGCCGGUCGCGGGUGCAGGGCUCCCUGCCCGCGCCACCUGCCGCAGUGGGAGGGGCCGCAGGGAAGCUGGCAGACCGAACGGAGACGCGGGAACCCUGCUUUCCUCACCGGUGUGGGUUUGCCGUGCUCCUUACCUUGGUUUUCCUCCGUCCUUGUAAACAGACCGUGUGCUGCCCCUUCUCCGCCCCUGGGAAGAGAAUGCUUUCUGCUAUGUCCGCCUUCGUUUAGGCAUGGACGUCCUCAUGUGGCAGCAGAGUUACUCUGCCUAGGAAACCCCGAAAUCAGGCACGCACAGACUCCGCUACAAGACAGUUGAAGCGCCAGGCGACGCAGGUGGGGCACAGCAGAGACCCUGAGUUUAAAUACCAGCCCAGAUGGGUCCCACAACCACGGAACCGCUCUAUCCAAGCCCCCGUGUGCAUUCCUGCGCUCCCCUUGGCUUUCUCCAGAUGCUGCCCAAGGGCGGUCCAGGUUCAAAUGCAGCCCUGGGGACUGGGACUGUGGGCCCGGUGGCUGACCUGUGUGGACCCAGCAGCAUCUUCAUCGGGUCGGUGUGAAAAACACGCAGUCAGUAACGUGUUGCAGUGUUACGUCACUAAAUGCCGAGGCCGAGGUUUUCGUCCGGCACGUAGCUGAGCUAGCCGCUGACGCUUGUGGGCUGAGGAGCGGGCGUGGUCCUGCCACGUCGAUGGGGGUCUAGCAUGACUCGCGGCACAUGUGCGUGGUUUUCAAGCACCUCGGUCACGUGCAAGCAAGUCGGAGGACUUAUCGCACAGCGAGCCCCACACUGGGGAGAUCGGUGAUGUGGGAGCUUCGCACCGUUCGCACAGUGGGGAAAUCUGCUGGGAGGAAGUCCAUGGAGAUAUAAUUACGUGCAUAACAGAAGGGAGCCCCGUGUCCGUGCGAUGGAGGCCUCUUCUGGCUUCGGUGGCGAUUCUGCACGACAAGACAAAGGAGUCACUCCGGAGGGAGCUGGGACACAGCGGGCCCGGGAGAUUCAGAGGCGUGAAGAGCCCUCCUUCCUGCCAGGAGAUGCACAGUGAUCCAGCAGUCCCUUCGGAACGUGAUCACGGCCUACGGCCUCGGAUCCUCGUGAGAAAAGGCCGACGAGGCAGCAUGGGGUCCGGAGGGGGACAUGUGGCGGAGAGGGAGCGCGGCGGCCCUUGGGCCCAGGAGUGCGCGCCCUGUCACCUGUGGCCUGGGGCUGAGCUGGCUUCCCUGAGGUCCAGCAUCUGCUGUCUGUGCCCUUACCCAUCCCGCGAAUGUUGCGUGACCCCCUCGGCCGUUCCGGGAUCCGAGGUGCCAACAACGUUACCCGCCCGCCCCUCCCAGAAGCCGCCGGUGCUCUGCCCGGCCCCCGAGCAUCCUUCCUCCGGCCAACGACGUCACCCGCCGGCACCUGCGGCCUUAGCCUGCGCCCCCACGCCGAGCCCCACGCGGAGCCCCACGCGGAGGUCAGACGCGCUGGCUCGCUGGUGCCCCCGGCAGUGCUCGGCGGCCGACCGGGUGGAGGAACGCCACAGGCAUCUCCUGUCUCAGGAAGGGCACCUCGGCGUGCAGUCCUGCUCCGUCUCCCCGGGCCCUCCGGGCGUUUCUGCCUCUCUUCUGCCCACGGCGUUUCCAGCUGCUCGUCCGCAAACCCUCACCCCCGGCCCGGCUCUGCAGGAGUCAGCUUCCAGUGCCGUGCUGGACGGAAGUGGUGGGAUGGGCGCCGCUCCCUGCCUCGGAGAGAAUGCUUCCAGCUCACAAAGGAUGACAUUCGAUGCUGAUUUCUUGAAGAUGUCUUUUAUCUGGUCGCACGCUGAGCUCUCUUCAUUGGCGCAGACCGCCUAG